AUGUCUUCUACUGAGGAGCGGGUUAAGCCCACCAAGCCCGAUGAGGCUGCCUACAAGGCCAGUCUGGCCGAGGCUGAGAAGGAGCACACUGCUGCUCAAGAGAAGUUGAACCAAAUCAAGGCCAAACUUGACAACGCUCAGCCCAGCAACAAGGACUCGCCUACCGCCAAGAAGCAGCAGGAACUCCGCGCUCAACUUUCCUCCAUCCGCCAGAAGCAAUCCGGCUUCAAGUCCAGUCGUUCCAGCACCCAGGAGAAGAUUAACUCUCUGGACUCGAACCUCAAGGCCCGCAUUGCGGAGCAGAACAACUCCCGCGGCCGUCUUUCAUUCAAGAACGUCGAUGAGGUUGACCGCGAGAUUGCCCGCCUUGAGAAGCAGGUUGACUCCGGCACCCUCCGUCUGGUCGACGAGCGCAAGGCCCUGAGCGAUGUCUCGAACCUGCGCAAACAGCGCAAGAGCUUCGCCGGUCUGGACGAGGCCCAGAAGGGUAUUGAUGAGCUCAAGGCUCAGAUCGCCGAAUUGCGCAAGACCCUCGACAACCCCGAGGCCAAGGCCCUGAGUGACCAGUAUAACGAGAUCCAGAAGGAGCUCGACACCAUCAAGGCCGAGCAGGACAGUGUUUUCAAGAACCUGAACUCCCUGCGCGAUGAGCGCACCAAGCUGCGCAACGACCAGCAGGAGAAGUACACUGCCAUCCGCACUAUUAAGGACACCUUUUACAAGGCUCGCCGUGCUUACAAGGAGUACGAGGAUGAGGCCUGGCGCGUGCGCCGUGAGCGUCAGAAGACUGAGCGCGAGGCCUUUGAGCGCGAGAAGCGCAAGAAGGUCGCUGACAAGAAGCUCGAGGAGGCCUCGCAGCUCGCUUACCACGAUGAGAUCCUGACCGCUCAGGGUCUUAUCCGUCAUUUCGACCCUGCUUAUAACUUUGCCGCUCUCGGUCUGGACGAGAAGAAGGACCUCGGCAACAACUUCCGCGCCGGAGUUGGCCGGACUGUUGAGGCUGCUGAGAUUAAGGGUAUGAAGGUCGUGCGUAAGGACGACGAGGAGGACUACUUCGUUGGUACCGGUGGUAAGAAGGGCAAGAAGGGAGGCAAGAAGGGUGCUGCCCCUGCUGCUGAGAGCACCAAGUUCAACAUGAACGUUGGUAUCAUCGAGGAGUUCUCCAAGGUCAAGAUCGACCCUCCCAUGAACCAAUCUGAUGUCCCUGCUGCUGUGGAGAAGCUGGCCGCCAAGAUUUCCGAGUGGAAGAAGAACCAGGCCAGCAAGACCGAGGAGAACAUCAAGAAGGCCCAGGAGGAGAUCACCCGUCUCGAGGAGGAGGAGGCCAACAUCUCCCAGUCCAACGGCCGGGCCACCGAUGCUGCCAAGAAGCCCGCCCAAGAGAACGGUGCUCCGACAGCGGAAGCCGAGCUUGCCCAGGAGCAGGAUGGCGCCGCCGACGCCGCCGACGAACUUAAGAAGGUCUCGAUCGAGGAGAAGGCAUAG